CCAGCCAGGGCAGACACCGGGGCCCAGUCGCCCCAGGGCUGGUGGGGAUGGGCCAGCUGGCGCACCCCCGGGAAGCCGGGCUCUGAGGGCCGCUUGGGCGCUGGAGCCAUGGACGCCAACCUGCCGGGCACCUUCCUGCUCAACGGGCCCUCGCUGGGCCCCUUCCCCGAUACCAAGGCACCCGUCUGCCAGUACUCGGUACAGAGCUCCUUCUACAAGCUGGGCCCCCCCGGGCUUGGCGCCCAGCUGGCCGCCGGCACCCCCCACGGCAUCUCCGACAUCCUCAGCCGGCCUGCGGCGACGCCGAACAGCAGCCUCCUCCCCAGCUACCCACACACGGGCGGAUUUAACGGACUGAGCUCCCCGGGCGUCUAUUAUGGGCCCCAGGUGGGGGCCCUCCCCAAGGCCGGUGGCGAGUACCUGCCACGGGGCCGGAGCUGCUGGGCAGAGGCAGCCCCAGACUGGCGGGGCAGCCGGCAGUGCGGCGGCCCCCCUGCUCACCUGGCUGACAGCAUCCACAAGAAGAAGCACACGCGCCCAACCUUCACGGGGCACCAGAUCUUUGCUCUGGAGAAGACUUUUGAGCAGACCAAGUACCUGGCAGGUCCAGAGAGAGCACGGCUGGCCUAUUCCCUUGGCAUGACUGAGUCCCAGGUGAAGGUCUGGUUCCAGAACCGACGGACCAAAUGGAGGAAGAAGAAUGCCCUGGAGCCCUCCUCGUCCUCGCAGCGGGCGGGGGGCUCUGGUGGAGAGCGGGCGGCCUCUGAGACUGAGGAUGACGAGUACAACAAGCCCCUGGACCCCGACUCGGAUGACGAGAAGAUCCGGCUGCUGCUGAGGAAGCACCGUGCGGCCUUCUCGGUGCUGGGAUUGGGCACGCACAGCGGCUGAGCGCUGGCACAGCCCGCCCCUCUGGGCCAUGGGGCACCCGGCCUGGCCACCGGCUUCCUGCCAGGGGGUGACCCCCCCCCAGCAGAUGCCCGGCUGUGGGGAUGGGGCAGCUGCCGCCCCCCCCUCCCGGUGGCUGCUGCCCAGGGAUCAUGGCUCGCGGGGCUGGGAGCAGCACGCAUGGGCAGCG